AUGGCAUAUGAAGGUGUGCGGGGUCUGCGGGUCGACGGGCUGCCGCCGCUGCCCAAGAGCCUCAGCGGGCUGCUCCACUCGGCGUCGGGCGGCGGCGCCCCGGGAGGCUGGCGGCAUCUGGAGCGGCUGUACGCGCAGAAGUCGCGCAUCCAGGACGAGCUGAGCCGCGGGGGCGCUGCCGCGCGCGUCCCGGCCACGCUGGCCAAGCCCCCCAACUUGGACGCGGCCCUGGCGCUGCUGCGCAAGGAGAUGGUUGGACUCCGGCAGCUGGACAUGUCCCUGCUUUGUCAACUCUACAGCCUCUAUGAGUCAAUUCAGGAGUACAAAGGAGCGUGUCAGGCAGCCUCCAGCCCAGACUGCUUGUACGAACUGGAAAAUGGCUUCUUUGAUGAAGAGGAAGAGGAUUUCCAAGAGCAGGACCAGCUCCGUGGCAGCAAGGAGCGGGAAGCCCCUCGGGACGGGAUGCUGCCGGUCUCGCCCAUGUCCAGCAGUGACUGGAUCCUGGAAUCCAUCUAGGUUCCUGAGGACUGUGACCGUGGGGGGAACCCUUAUGGUUGGACACACAUCAGCACUUGCUUCUCCUCUUGCAGAUACUCCUUUCAGGGCCCUUCUGUGCUUCUCCAGCCGAUGGCCUGGGGGCUGGACACUGCCAGGUUAAUAAGUGAGCAGGCCUUCUCCAUCGGCCCAUGUGGGCGGUCUGUCGGAUGGCUGGAGUUUCUGCCUGUGCGGGCCUGGGUGCUUGGUCGUCAGUGUCUGUGACUCUUGCUGGGAAUCAUCUGAUCGUGAUGAGAGUCUCCCCAACCUGCCUUAGUAAUGGGUGUCAGAUUCGGGUGGUUAUUGUGCCGGAUAACUUCCUUACAGCUAGUUGGACACCUUCUUGCCUCAAGGUUUGGAUGUAUGAAUAGUAACAUUUCACCGUUUCCCUUUCCUCAGGGCCUUUUAGAGCUAUUCCUACUAUUUAACUAAGCUUCCAAGUCACUGUUCAGCUGUACUUAUUUGUAAGCUGUAUUACUAACUGUCCAAGCAAAUCAGGGAAGGCUUUUUGCUCAAAAAGUAAACAUUUCAAAUCAGAGUGUUUUUUCCCCCUCAAUCCAUCAGAAAACUGAGAUCAUUCUUUGUCCACCAGAUAUAUGUAGGUGGAAAGCAGAUAUAUUCAAUGAAAAAACUUGGGCAAGCCCAUGUUUUGUUUUCUUCAUGGUAAUAUGGUAAUUUUUUUGCUUUUAAAGAUUCUGAUGUAAACUAGUAUGUUUUAGAUGUACUAGGAUGUAAACUACCCUCCUCUGCAUAAAACAAUGGUUACCUUAAGCCUUAAUAUAUUUAUUAAACUACUUUAUAGGCUAAAAUUACUAAGAAA